AGAACCAUUUCAGUUCAGUUUAGCUUCAUUUGCUUCAUCAUCAACCUCAUGCCAUAUUAGCUUGACGUGACUCCAAAGAAUCAAUCAGUAGGAUUCAUUUCAGAGGCAAACCUGCAUAUAUCAGCAUUUAUAUUUUUCGAAAACCCAAAGCCACAUAUAUAGCCGCAUCCAUCCCAGACACUAACAUCUAUAUAUAUACACUGUUUGUAUUCAUGUCUGGAAUGGAUUCAUCAUCAGUUGCAUCAACACUGUUAAUGGGGAUGACGAGGUGGGAGCAAACUAGGGUUGCAGUGAUGGUUCCGGGGUUGAAGAUGAUGGUGUGGGUGUGCCUCGCCAUGUCGGUGAUGCUGUUUGUGGAGAGAGUGUACAUGGGAAUGGUGAUAGUGCUGGUGAGGUUGUUUGGAGUGAGCAAUCCUAAGAAGCGUUACAAGUGGGAGCCUCUCAAGCAUGACGACGAUGUUGAGCUUGGAAGCUCCACUUACCCAACGGUUCUCGUUCAAAUUCCUAUGUACAAUGAGAUUGAGGUGUACAAACUGUCAAUAGGAGCAGCCUGUGGGCUCUCAUGGCCGUCUGAUAGGAUUAUCAUUCAAGUUCUGGAUGACUCCACUGAUCCUCUUAUCAAGGAAAUGGUGUUGACGGAGUGCAAGAGAUGGGAGAGCAAAGGGAUAAACAUAAAGUAUGAGAUCAGAGAGAACAGAAGAGGCUACAAAGCAGGAGCUCUCAAGGAAGGAAUGAAGCAUCCUUACGUCCAUCUCUGUGACUACGUCGCCAUCUUUGAUGCCGACUUCCAACCUCACCCUAAUUUCCUCCUCCAAACCGUUCCCUUUCUCAUUCACAACCCUCAACUUGCUCUCAUCCAAGCACGCUGGACUUUCGUAAAUGCUGAUGAAUGCUUAAUGACAAGAAUGCAAGAGAUGUCACUAGAUUACCAUUUCAAAGUUGAGCAAGAAGUUGGAUCCUCUACCUACGCUUUCUUUGGCUUCAAUGGCACAGCUGGUGUCUGGAGGGUUUCUGCAUUGAACGAGGCUGGAGGAUGGAAGGACAGAACCACUGUGGAAGACAUGGACUUGGCUGUCCGAGCCAGUCUCAAUGGCUGGAAGUUUUUGUACCUUGGUGAUCUUCAGGUGAAAAAUGAAUUGCCAAGUACAUUCAAAGCUUACCGUUAUCAACAACACCGAUGGUCCUGUGGGCCAGCUAAUCUCUUUAGGAAAACGGCAAUGGAAAUCAUAAGAAACGAGAAAGUGUCAAUGUGGAAGAAGCUCUAUGUGAUAUAUAGCUUUUUCUUUGUCAGGAAGAUCAUAGCUCAUGUGGUCACAUUUGUGUUUUACUGUGUUGUUCUUCCUGCAACUGCUCUUGUUCCUGAAGUGGAAGUUCCCAAGUGGGGUGCUGUAUAUAUACCUUCCAUCAUUACUCUGCUUAAUGCUGCAGGAACUCCAAGAUCACUCCACCUAUUGGUAUUCUGGGUUCUAUUUGAAAAUGUCAUGUCAAUGCAUCGGACCAAGGCAACGCUCAUAGGUUUGCUGGAGGCAGGGACAGCAAAUGAAUGGGUGGUCACUGAGAAAUUGGGAGAUGCUCUUAAAACAAAAUCAGGAGGAGAAGCACCAAAGAAGCAACGUGUCACAAUUAUUGAAAGAAUCUAUCUGCUCGAACUUGCCUUUGGGGCCUACCUGUUCAUCUGUGGAUGCUACGACCUAGCCUUUGGGAAGAACCAGUACUUCAUAUACCUCUUCCUGCAAUCUCUUGCCUUCUUUAUUGCAGGGUUUGGCUACGUUGGUGUCUUUGUUUCCAAUUCAUCAUAGUGCAUCUCUUCCAUCAGUAAG